GAGCGUUAAAGGAUCUUUGAAGUUAUGUUCAACCAGUCUUUUAAAAGAUAUAAGUGUCUCUGGUUCAACACUGUGUAGAACUACAUAGUCUAGCUUGCUACUAACUAGCGAGCAGUGAUGGAUUCUAUCGUCAGUUUUGACCCCCAACAGGCAGUUUGUGCUGCUAUGAAGAUCCAGAGAUUCUGGAGGUCCUACCAGGACAAGACUCUGUUCCGCCUGCUUCUUCAAACAGUUCGGAAGGCAUGCCCCAGGAGAGUUCUGUGACUCCUGCCAUCCUGCGGCAGCUAAACCCCAGAGAGGCCCAGCUCCUCACAGACCCCAGCAUGCACUGCAAGGUGCGCUUCAGGUUCUGUGGGUCUCGGUUCCCCCCCUUCAUCGUCUUUAAGAUUUUCCAGAGUGGUGGCAGACAGCACUACAUCUCAGGGAAGAAGAUAUUCAGGCCGUCCAAUCAGGCCACACCUCAGACCUGCAAAAUCAUGGGAAACAGGAAGUUCCUGGACCUGCUGGUUACAGACGAGCUGCUGCACCACGGGCGAUGUGUUGCUGAUGCAGCUGAUGUCGUCUGCAUGAGGGACUUCAUGCAGUACUCCAGUCAUCUUGACGAGCUGCCGGCGUACCUUGGUGGCCGUUGCAACAGCUGGCGCACCCUGAGACUCCACCCUCUCCCUGGCCCCGCCCUGAACUACGCCCACCUGCCCCUGGGGAGAGCCGGCCCAGCGGGUGCACACCUGAGGCAAGACCUCCAGAGGGCGCUGCUGGGCGACCACGCUGCUGGGGAGGCGGAGCCUACUGGAGGAGGAGCUAGAACACUCAGGUCUCCAGCAGCUCCUCCGUCGUCCUUUGCGUCGGUUCCUGUCUCCGAGAGAGGUCACUCUCGUCGGCAGACACCAUCCUCCUCACGAGCUUCUUCAGCUGCCUCUUCCUCUCGAAGGUCUGGAAAAUUCCACCGCGCCAUGUCCAAGAAGAUGCGGCAGCUGUACCUCUCUGGCCACCAUAACGAAGCUUACCAACUGAGCCCAGAUCUGCCCCUGAGGGUCAGGCCAACGGAUACUGUCCCCGAGGAUGAGGAGGCGGAGUUUAACAGGAGGCCCUCCCCUUUCUCAAACAAUUCAGACUGGGAGGAGGAACAGGAAGAAGCAGACAGACUAUGUGAUUGGUCAAGGAAUUUGGGGGAAUUUGAGGAUGAUAUUGAGCCAAUGAUCUGAUGCGUAUUGUUUUAAUAGCUAAUAACUUUAAUAGCUAAUUAAAACAAUGAUUAAUGAUUAUUGUGCAACAAGGAACAAGGAUUUCCUUUACACAAUGCAAACAGUAUACUUUACAAUACAACAUAUGAGGCUCCAACUAACAAUAUAUGGGGCUCCGUAUAAAAUAAUAAACAUCUGUCCAUUUCAUACAACAUCACAGAAUUACUUGGGUGCGUUCAGUAUUCCCAACAAACACAUAACAUUCCCCAAAUGUUCUCUGAAGGUUACACUUAAGGUUUUUGUGGAACCUUCAGUGGACGUUCCUAGAACGUUCUCUUAACAUAGUAUUUAUGUUAGUAAGUUCACAACUUUUGUGAACUUUCAGACAGCCUUUAUGGGACGUACCCUGAAGGUUUUAUUAAAGGUGCGCUAAGCGAUUUUAGGCAACGUCACUCAAAUUUGUUAUUUGUUUGUUAUGUUUUUAUGGUACAUUUUGAAACCUUUAACAAAGGUCCUGUGACAGCGCAGUUUGCUUCCCAGCAUGCAUUUUAAGAUUUAGUUAGUUGCCUUGAUUAGGCUACAUUAUUCUACAUUAUUGGGUUUUGAAACACAUUAGUUGAAACACGCU